ACUUAUUGCGCAUUAGCUUGUUCCUCCACUCUUUGGUAUCAAGAUUCCUAUUAUACUAACCAUCUUGGUGCAAGAGUGACGUGGGGAUACUAAUAGAUCCCGAUCACCGCAUCAUCGCACAUCGCACAUCGCUUGAAAGUUGAUGGUAAUCCCCUUCUUGUUCGUGACACGCGGUCCACGGAAGUCCGGGUGACAUCGAUGAAAUAAAUUUUGACGUUCUGGCGUACAUGACCCCCCUGUCUUGACCCAAGGUAGUUGUUCAGUAUCAUGCAUUAUGUCUGGCUGUUGUUGUGCGCCGUGUGCCUAAUCCUCUACGCCGUUUGGGGUAGCUACUUUGCGAGAAACUUACUAGAUAACAUUCCGGGGCCCCCUCGUCAGCAUUGGUGGACAGGCAAGUUGGAUCAAAUAUUUGCGCGGUAUGCAUGGGAUUUCCACAAGAUGCUUGCAGAACGCUACGGUCCAGUAUCGAAGUUCUAUGGGCUUUUUGGGGCAAGGGAGUUGUAUGUUUUUGAUCCAAAGGCCAUGUACCAUAUCAUGGUGACUCCUACCUUUUUAGCGACAAACAAGGUCCUUUUUGGGGAUGGCCUACUCUCGACGUUAGGCGAACACCAUCGAAAGCAGCGGAAGAUGCUCAACCCUGUGUUUUCCAUCAGCCACGUGCGAGACAUGGUGCCUGCUUUUCUCGAGGUGACGAAAUGCCUCCGAGACGGCAUUGCAGCGCAAGUAGAGCACGGGCCCCGUGAAAUUAAUAUGUUGGAAUGGCUCAAUCGCACCGCUCUUGAACUUGUGGGGCAGAGCGGACUCGGGUACUCUUUUGAUUGUCUGAAAGAAGGUUAUGCCAAUCCUUACAGCGCUGCCGUUAAGAAUCUCGCGCCAACAAUAUUCAAAGUGUCUGUCGCGAGGAAAUUUCUCCCAUUCCUUAUCAAUGUUGGUCCUCCUAACUUCAGGAGAUUCAUUGUGAAGAUUUUUCCGUGGAAGGCACUGAAGGAGAUCUGUAGUAUUGUCGACGUUAUGGAUGAGACAUCGAUGAAGGUCUUUGAGGAAAAGAAACGUGCACUUUCUAAGGGAGACGACGCGGUAUUGCACCAGGUUGGAGAAGGAAAAGACAUCAUGAGCAUACUGCUCCGAGCCAACAUGAAUACUUCAGCGGAAGAUCGUCUUCCAGAUUCAGAGCUCGUGGCCCAAAUGAGUACGCUUGUUUUUACCGCAACACAUACGACUUCCGGUGCCCUGUGUCGCACCCUUUUGACUCUUGCUCAUCAUCGAGAUGCGCAAGACAGACUGGGCGAGGAAAUCCAACACGCAAUGGCUGAACUUGGCGAGCUUGACUAUGAUGCCCUGGCCAAUCUGCCAUAUCUCGAUGCAGUAUGUCGAGAGACACUGCGCCUGUAUCCUCCAGUUACCACCGUCGCACGCACUGCAACUGACAAUAUAAUCCUCCCCUUCUCGCGCCCCAUCAAAGGGAAUGAUGGGAUAUAUAUGCGUGAGGUCCUUGUGCCCAAGAACACGAAUAUUAUCGUGGGAGACGACGCGCUCCAGUGGAAACCGGAAAGAUGGCUGUCUCCGCUUCCACAAAGUGUUAUUGAUGCCGAGAUUCCAGGGGUUUACUCUCACCUAAUGUCAUUUAUUGGCGGCGGAAGAGCGUGCAUUGGAUUCAAGUUUUCAGAACUCGAGAUGAAGAUCGUUCUUUGCAUACUCAUCCAGACCUUCAAGUUCACUCCCACGAAAGAGAUCGAUUGGACCAUGCAGGUGUCAUCUCCGAACGUCAAAGGUUCUGAGGAUGCAAAUUGGCAGUUGCCGCUCCGAGUCGAGUCGAGAUGAUAUCAGGUCGACUCGUGCGGCGCUAGAAACAUAAAAAGGGGUCCUCCGGCGUUUUCAACUGUAGCUGCUAUUUAAUGUUCGAAGUAUAGUUGGUCUGAAGCGGACUGGGGACUGAUCCCAUUCCCUAGGGUCCAUGGACAGUACAACGAAAUAAUCUGAUUCGAUCUAGUGUCGGAUGAAAU